AUGCGUUCCCUCGCUGGCCUGUUCCUGGCUCAGUCCCUGGCCGCAGCGCUCCCUUCAGCGCACACUCGGGUAGCCAAUUCGGAUCUGUUGGUGGAUACAAACCUCUUCAAAGUCCAAGGCAAGCUCGCAGACAACACCACUACCGUCCGCUUUUUCGGCGGCAUCCCCUACGCCGAGCCGCCCGUCGGUACUGCGCGCUUCCGUCCCCCAGUCACCAAGCUGCCCGAGACAGACGUCAUCGAUGCCACCAAGUUCGGCUCGUCAUGCAUCCAGCUCGACACCGGCACGGAGACCGUCUACACGGAGUACCUCCCCGGCUUCCUCCUGACCCCCGGACAGACGCAGAGCGAGGAUUGCCUGUCGCUUAACAUUUGGGCGCCGCGGGCGCUCAAUGCAUCAAGUGAGCUGCUGCCGGUCAUGAUCUGGAUCCACGGAGGCGGCUUCACUGGAGGAGGCUCCGCGUCGCCGUACAAGUACGGAACGAACAUCGUCAGGGACCACCAGGAUGUCAUCGUGGUGGCUUUGAACUACCGCAUCACCAUCUUCGGCUUCCCCAACGCCGCAGCCCUGAACGGCGAGCACCUCAACCCCGGCCUCGAAGACCAGCGCAAGGCCGUCGAGUGGGUGUCGCAGAACAUCCGCGCGUUCGGCGGCGACCCUGACCGCAUGAUUCUGUUCGGCCAAUCUGCCGGCGGCAUGUCCGUCGACAAAUACGCCUACGCCUACCCCACCGACCCGCUCGUCAGCGGCCUCAUCGCGCAAUCCGGCCUCGCCGACUCGGGCCUCACCAAAAUCGACGCCGCCGGCACAAACUUCACCUACGUCGCCGAGCAGAUCGGCUGCUCCACCACCACGGCAUCCGAUGACGAAGUCCUCGCGUGCAUGCAGCAAGCCGACGCCGCAGACAUCAUCGCCGUGCUCAACACGUACAACGCCACCGCCAACGGCGGCCGCGCCCUGUCCUUCACGCCGGCCGCCGACGGCUUGACGAACUUUGCCGAUUACGAAGAGAGGCAGGAACAGGGCUUGUUCGCGCACGUGCCGACGCUCAUCGCGCAGGUCGACAACGAGGGCGCGACGCUCGUGUCGUUGCCGGAGGGCGACGCGGCGCCCAACCAGAGCGCGGUGGAUGCGAUUACGCGGAAUUUGGCGACGUGUCCGGGGGCGAGGGGGGCUGCGGCGAGGGUCAAGGCUGGGGUGCCGGUUUGGCGCGCAAGGUAUUUUGGCGAGUGGCCGAAUUUGAAUCCGCUGGAGUGGCUGGGGGCGUAUCAUUCUAGCGACAUUCCGAUGGUUUUUGGGACGAGUGAUCUGCUGGGCUCGAACACGGCGCUGGAGAAGCAAACGUCUGAGUACAUGCAGGGUGCCUGGGUGGCUUUCGCGAAAGACCCUGAGAAUGGGCUGAAGGAUCAGUAUGCUUGGCCGACGUAUGAGGCUGAGACCGAGUCGCUGGUGCAGCUGGGGUAUGAGGGAAAUGCGGGAGCUGUGUUUGCGAAGGGCGAUGCUUUCGACGAAUCUUGUUGA